AUGUAUAUAAACCCCAUCUAUGUCACAUUAAUUAUUGAAAAGCUUUUGGCAGUCAAUCUCCUUCGUCUUCUUCAAGAGAGAGAGGAGAACCAUUCUUCAUAUUUUUGUUGCCUCAAGUUAGAAGACAACAAAAAAAUGGAAGAUAAUCUUCCUCCAGGGUUCAGAUUUCAUCCUACAGACGAGGAGCUCAUAACGCAUUAUCUAGUUCGGAAAGUCUCCGAUACAGGAUUCACCGGUAAAGCUGUCGUCGACGUUGAUCUUAACAAGUGUGAACCUUGGGAUUUGCCAGCCAAGGCUUCAAUGGGAGAGAAAGAAUGGUAUUUCUUCAGCCAAAGGGACCGGAAAUAUCCAACCGGUUUGAGGACAAACCGGGCAACAGAAGCCGGAUAUUGGAAAACCACCGGAAAAGAUAAAGAGAUAUACCGAAGUGGAGUGUUGGUUGGGAUGAAGAAAACCCUAGUUUUCUACAAAGGAAGAGCUCCGAAAGGUGAGAAAAGCAAUUGGGUUAUGCAUGAGUACAGACUUGAGAGCAAACAACCCUUCAACCCCACAAAUAAGGAGGAAUGGGUUGUAUGUAGGGUAUUCGAAAAGAGCACGGCAACGAAGAAAGCACAAGAACAACAACCUCAAUCUUCACAACCAUCUUUUGGAUCUCCAUGCGAUGCGAAUUCAUCAAUGGCAAAUGAAUUUGAAGAUAUCGAGAUUCCGAAUUUGAAUUCAAACUCAUCAACCAUCGAUUACAAUAAUCAUAUCCAUCAAUAUUCGCAACGCAAUGUUUAUUCAGAAGACAAUACUGAGGAAUGGGUUGUAUGUAGGGUAUUCGAAAAGAGCACGGCAACGAAGAAAGCACAAGAACAACAACCUCAAUCUUCACAACCAUCUUUUGGAUCUCCAUGCGAUGCGAAUUCAUCAAUGGCAAAUGAAUUUGAAGAUAUCGAGAUUCCGAAUUUGAAUUCAAACUCAUCAACCAUCGAUUACAAUAAUCAUAUCCAUCAAUAUUCGCAACGCAAUGUUUAUUCAGAAGACAAUACUACAAGCACGGCUGGUCUCAACAUGAACAUCAACAUGGCUAGUACGAAUCUUCCUUCUUGGACAACAAGUCUACUUGGUCCGCCUUUAUCUCCAAUCAACUCUUUGUUGCUCAAGGCUUUCCAAAUUAGGAACACUUAUGGUUUCCCAAAAGAGAUGAUUCCCAAUUUCAAUCCGUCUACGCUUCAACAACAAGGAGCCUCCAAUAUUAUGCAAAAUGGUUCAAGUUCGGCUCACGUGCAACCACAACCGGAGGAAGCGUUUAAUAUGGACUCCAUAUGGUAA